CGGGCGGAAAUGGGGCUCCUGUCAGGCGGCGCGGCAGAGGCGGGGCAAGGGCAGGCGAUCCCGGCGGGGCUGCUUGGGCCGCCGAGGAGCCGCCGCCUGCAGCCCCAGGGCUCAGCCCCGAGAAGCUGGAUUCCCACCAUGGUACUCAAAGUCUUCUUCCCUUCUUGCUGUUCCUCAGCAGACAGUGGCCUUUUGAUCGGCCGGUGGAUCCCAGAGCAGAACUCUGCAGUCAUCCUAGCUGUUGUCCACUUCCCUUUCAUCCCUUUCCAAGUAAAGCAGUACCUCUCUGAAGUGCAGAAGGUGAGCCAGGUAGACAUUGUCGUGCUGGGCACUUGGUGUAACAACAAGCAGGAGAAAGAGGAGAACCUGGGCAAAUUCUUGGAUGACCUGGGCACCAUUUUUUCUCAUGAGCCUUGGCUCCAGAUUAGCAAAGAGAAAGGAAGCAAGUUCUGGAGCUGCCAUACCCUUUCCAGACAAGCUGACACCCCCACAGAGGAUCAGGUCAUUCUGGUCUAUUAUGACCAGCGCAAAGUCAUGCUGUCCCGACUACAUCCUCCUGAAAUAUCUCUGGAUAACCAGCCAGGGGUCAUCACUGCUCCUGAUGCUUCCAAGCUUGCAGCUGUAUUUGACACAGUGGCCAAGAGUGAGGUGCUCUUCAUGACAGAUAGAUAUGAUGAUGGGCCCAUCAAACUGACCCACUGGCAGUCAGAGGGUGUGGAGGCCAGCAUCAUUGUGGAACUGGCAAAGCAGGCAUCUGUGCCUGUGUGCAUGCUCCUGACAGGCUUGCUUUCCCUUGUCUCUGGACUUUGCAAGAGCAGAAUAUUUAAGUUUUGGCCUGUGUCCUUCAUAUGGAGCAAACUCUCAACUUGUGAGCAGGUUAGAUAUCGACUAGAGCAUCUCAGAUUUGUCUUUAGCAACCAAAAAGCUGAGAACCAGAACCAGCUGAUGAGGAAAGCCAACAUCUUUGUUUCACUCCUUGUGGAUGUAGCUCUGGGGAUCUUACUGCUGUCCUGGUUAUAUAGGAAGAAUCGCAUCGGUCAGCUGGCUGACGCUCUCAUCCCUGUUGCAGAUCAUGUGGCUCGGGAGCUCCAGGACCUGUUGCAGUGGUUGAUGGGAGUUCCCGCUGGUCUAAAAAUGAACCGGGCUUUGGACCAGGUGUUGGGCCGCUUCUUCCUCUACCACAUUCACCUCUGGAUUAGUUAUAUCCACUUGUUGUCCCCAUUCAUUGAAAUGAUCCUGUGGUACGUGGGUCUUUCAGCCUGCCUGGGCCUGACAGUGGUGUUGUCCAUACUUUCAGACAUCUUCGCACUCCUCACUUUCCACAUUUAUUGCUUUUAUGUUUAUGGAGCCAGAUUGUAUUGUCUGAAGAUCUAUGGCUUGUCUUCUCUCUGGCGCCUCUUUCGAGGAAAGAAGUGGAAUGUCCUGAGACAGCGGGUGGAUUCCUGUUCCUAUGAUUUGGAUCAGCUCUUUAUUGGAACUUUGCUUUUUACCAUUCUAUUAUUCCUUCUGCCUACCACAGCCCUCUACUAUUUAGUCUUUACUCUGCUCCGUCUGUUGGUGGUGAUUGUGCAAGGACUGAUCCAUUUGCUGGUGGACCUUAUAGAUUCCCUCCCCCUCUAUUCCAUUGGCCUUCGGUUCUGCAGGUCCUACAGGCUUGCAGCUGGUGUAAAGUUUAGAGUCCUGGAGCAGGAAGAGGGCAGACCCCUUCGACUGUUGAUGCAGAUCAAUCCUUUGUCAUAUGGCAGUGUGGUCCAAACCUACCGUCUCCCUACCUACAGCUGUUACCCCAAGGAUACCUGGGGCUCCCUGUGUAAGAAGCUAUUCUUUGGGGAGCUCAUCUACCCCUGGAAGCAGAAAGGAGACAAGCAGGACUGAAGGGCGGAAAUGAGCCAAAUGUGCAAGCCUGAGCCAAAGCAAACGUUUUAACUUGCUGCUCAUGGGCCAAAGGCAGCUUGAAGCCAACAACUGCUGGCUCAGUGCUGCCUGAGCUCCUUCGGCCAAGAAACCAAGACUUCAGCAGGGAUGGGAGCUAGGUUUAAAGUGGGAAGCACGUUAUGGGCACUCCCUUCCCUUCUGAGCACUCAGGUGUUAUUGACUGGUUGGGGGUUGGGGGGAGGGGGGCAGAUAUGGGUUUUAAUGAUUUCAUGUUGCUCCAUCCUUGAUUACACUAGUUCCCUCUGAGUAGGCCAAGGAUCAGCAACUAUUUUCAAAGAAAGGUCAGUGCCUUGGGUGUCUCAAGCACGAGAUAAGAGAGCUGUCCCUGGAGAGUGCUGCCCAGAUGGACCCCACAGUGUCUCUCUCCCCUGUACCUAUCCGGUCCUGUGUUAGAAGCUGAGUUUCUAGGGGUAAAUUUUGUUAAACCUGAGCAGUUGCUGCUCUCAGGCAUCACUGGUGGGAAUAUGUGUUCAGUGUGGGCUACACUCCCACUCUACUUAGCCAGAGUCUGUCAUUGAACAUCUCAAAAGCUGGUGACGAGUUCAGACCAUGUGCUGACAAACAUAGAGCUUUCCCUCCCCAGGCACAGUAGGAGGCACUUGUCUUUUACAUCGGAUGGUGCGUUCUUGCUGAAGAGCUGCCUUUUCCCUUCCCUAAAGCACUCCGGAGGGAGGGCAUUCGGUAUAGUGAGGAGAUGGAUCUGCCCCCAGAUAGACUUCUGCUCCUUUGCUAGGAAGAGCUGGCUGCUGUAGGACCAUUCGCUUUCUUCUCUCACUAUUUUCCUUGCUAUUGGGACUCUUCUAAUUCAGUUACCAAAUGCCACGCACUGUUAGCCAGGACAGCAGCUACUCUCAGUGUUAAUAAGUAACUCCAGCUCUCAGUUGUCCCCAGAGUUCUUUAAUGUUUUCCCUCUUGCAGGCAUGUUUUGGAAUCUUCCACAUUCCUCUUCUCCACAACUAUAUAUACAUAUGUGUAUGUGUGUGUAUACACACACACACCUUUUUUCUUUUUUCAAAAACUUCUAAGAAACAUUGUGCAAAAUUGAUCUUUCCAUUUGUCAGAGAUUUAAAGAUAAUGGGCACUGACUAAAAUUUCAAAUUCAUAUUUGCAUUAUAAGUGGAGCUGCAAAUUCUGGUGCUUCUCCCUAGAUACCACCACCGCCUUUUCAUCUUGCCACAGGAUUCUGAAAUCCUGAUUCUCACUUCUGUUUGAGUACAUCUUUGGAGGACAGAACAGAGAGAAUGUCCUUUAAGGAUCCUCUGCUCUCUAUAAUUAUAAUCUACUUGCUUAGCUUAUAUGGUUAGACCUAAAAAUAUCUCAUUUCCUCUAUGUGUGUGUGUGUGUGUGUGUGUGUGUUUCCUGCUAACAUAACAUUUCCAAGUGCUUUCUUCUGUAGAGUUUCUUCUGAGCAGCCCUGAGAUUGUCAUUUAUAAACUCAACAAUUUGGGGAGAUCAAAGCAGCCUAUGUGCCCACAUUGGGCAUGACCCAGCAAGUCUAUAUCCACUUAAUGAGAGGCUCAGGGGAAAUGGCCCAAUGAUCUUGCUCUCCCAAUUUAACAGGAUUUCCCCCAGUUGCUCAAACAUUUCAUGGAGAAAUCAAUUUUCAGAAUGAGCCACUAUGAGAGUCUGAAUGAUGAAAUUCCUAUUGUAUUUGAGGUCAGGCCUCUAUAUGGACAGCUAAAGGUGGGUUCCAUAGUAGAUAAACCCACAUCUGUUUGUAUUCAGGGUUUGCACCCACAAAUGAUCACUUUGCCAUCUAUCUCCAGUGAUAUAAACUAUAGUACUUCCAUUGAAGUAACUUUUGGAUUCCUAAUUAGAAUCCUCUAGUCCCUUGUUCCUAACCUUGCAUUUACACCUCUGGAAAAUCUCAAAUAGUGUUUAUAGACAUAGGUCUACCUUGGACUGACAAGUCUUGGAAAAGAGGAAAUAAUUGUCUCCUUAAAAAUUAUGAACUGGGGGCAGCUAAAUGGCUCAGUGGUUUGAGAGAAAUGGGCCUAGAAAUGGGAAGUCCUGGGUUCAAAUAUGACCUCAGAUACUUAUUAGCUAUGUGACCCUGGGCAAGUCACAUAGCCCUAUUGUCUGGCUCUUAUUGCUCUUCUGUCUUGGAACCAAUACACAGUAUUAAUUCUAAGAUGGAAGAAAAGAGUUUUUAAAAAUUAUGAAUCGAUUUGAUCAUAAACUUCUCAAGGGCAGGAACCAUGUCUUAAUUUUUAUUAACAGUGUCAGUGCUUACUACACAGUGCUUAGCUUAAGCCCAAGUGUUGUUGAGCAUUUUUCUCCUUGCAAAGUCAAAGUUAGAAUUGUCUUUAUCAUGAUUAAAAAGGCAAUUAGGAACAUAAUUUAAUGAGACACAUGGUCAUCUUUUGGUAUUCAUAUUGAUCAUAAACAAAGCCUAUCUUGAAGAUAGUUGCAGUGUAUGCAUAAGCAUCCAUUGCAAAGAACAAAGAGGUCAAGAAAUUCUACAAAAAACUAGAUCAGAUCCUCCCAACCAAGCCAGUACUUUGAUGUUCAGUAACUUCAGUUAGAAAGGUGGACACAGGUGAGAAGGGUGAAACUGUUAGAAAAUAUGAUACAUAUUUACUGAAUAGAUAAAUGCUCAAAGGACAUGAAUACUUUUCAAAAGAACAGGCAACAACUAUAUGGGAGAAAAAUGCCCCAAAUCCAUAAUAAUUAGAGAAAGGCAAAUUAAAACAACUCUGAAAUUUCACCUUAUGCCCAUCAAAUUGACAAAAACUUUAAAAGAAAAAAAUAGUAAAUUUUGGAGAGAUUAUGGGAGGAAAACCACACCAAUAGACUGUUGGUGGAACAAAAGUAAUCUGAUAUUAAGCAAUUUACACUGUUAAUACUGUUACUUACACUCAUCUGUCUUAUCACUUGAAAUAUAUCUCAAGAAGGUCCAUGGCAGAAAGGUCACAUACCAAAAUAUUUAUAGUAGCCCUUUUCGGUAUAGCAAAAAAUUGGAAGCAAAGUGGGUUUCCAUUCAUUGGAAAAUGGCUGAAGAAAUUGUGGUAUGUGAAUGUAAUGUUAUGGCAUUUGUUAAAAAAUGAGAAAUUCAUAGAAAUAUGGGAGGGCUUAUAGCAACUAAUGCAGAAUGAAGAAAGUAGAGCCAGAAAGAAGUUAUACACAAUGACUAAUAAUGGCUAAAAAACACUGAAAUUCAGAUUAAAUAUAAUGAUCAACUCAUAAUUAGAACCUAGAUCAAAUUGCCUGCCAUCUUAUGGAGAGAUUUUGAAACUCAGAGUUUUAGAAAAUGAAUAUAAAAUUUUUACAUGUAAUUGGGAAAAAAUAAAAUAUAUUUUAAAAAAGAAAAAGCAAAAAAAUUUUAAAUGUAUAUAAAUGAUCAAUAUUGUUUCUGAGGGUCCUGAUCAAAAACAGUUCCCUUCUUUUAAUAGAAUGGUAGUAGCCUGGGUACGUAAUUAUGUAAUGUUAUAUUAUUACAUAUAGCUAUUGGAUUGAAAUUUUGCUUAGAUGCUUUUCUUUGUUAUAAGGGAGGGUUUUAUGGGAGCAUUUAUUGGGAAAUGACUAGUAUUUUUGAAAAAGUAUCACUAAGACAUUAAGAAAUAAGACUUGGGUUUGAAAAACAAUAAGAGGCCAAAGGUCAAAAGCUUCAUGCCUUUCUAUUAAUAAAGGGAGUCAGUAAACUUUUGAGUGCCCACUAUAUGUCAGCACUAUGCUAAAUGCCAGGGACACAAAAGCAUAAGAUAGUACCUGCCCUCAAGGAGCUCACAGUGAGAAGACAGUGCUUAAAAAGAAGUUGGAAAGUGGGGGAAGAGGGGUUGAACUGGGGAAGAGGGAGCCUAGGGGAGAAGGUUACUUGGCAUGAUGAAGUCUUAAAGCUAGAGCAGGAAGUGGUCUGAGGAAGAGAGUUUCAGAACUGAUUUUUAUCUUACAGAAUAAUGUUUCUAGAGAUCAUGAAGUCCAGGAAAAUAGCCAGAUGGAAACAAUGAGGUGAAUUCUCUAGGUACCUUCUUUAAAUGGUAAAGGAUCUGAAAGGAACUCCUCUAGUUUCCUCCCCAGAGGUAGGGAGUUCUGAAGUGUGAUUUUCAGAGGAUUCUAUCUUGUAAAAUUAUGUGAUGAGUACUGUCCCCAAGUAAAAAGAGAGAGAGAGAAGGGGAAAAAAUUUAAACAUCUAUGUUCCAGAUGAUGUGCCAAGUGCUUUACAAAUUUUAUCUAAUUCGACCCUCACAACAACCCCAUGUAGUAGGUACUCCAGGGGUUGGAAGGUGUUAAAUAUGGCAAGCAAUUUUAAUACUGGUUACAGAUUUGGAAGUCAAAUCAGAAUCAGUUGUAUUCUUAAUCCAGUCAUGCAGAAAACUGAAUGGAGCAAGAAAAGGUCAAGAUAACAUCAAAUUAGAAGAAAGGAUAAAAGUAGAAAAAUGAUGCUGCAAAUGAUUGCAAUAGCUACAAAUCUGACAAUUCAAAUAAGUCACUGGUGCUACAAAAAAGGAAAAUGGAAACAUUCAAAUGCUAUGAUUUGAAUAUCAAUAUUUCCUGCAAAAGUUUACCUAAUGUAAAGCAGUUACCACAACAGGGAGGCUAAAUGAGUCCACAAAACUAGUUUAACCAAUAACACUUGAACUCCCUGGUACAAUUCCUUUUCCAUAGUAUGUGCUUAAUAAAUGCUUUUUCACUCAGUCACUUCUUGAUAUAAGGAAAGUCAUGGAAGCCCAAGGCAAAAUUAAUUUAAAAUAUAAAGGCCUUUGUUAAAAUACUACAGAGGAAUUGGUGAAUGAUUAUAAUCAGUAUCACUGUAACUUGUGCUCAGAAUUUAAUAGAAGGAUGUAAGGAGGAAGACUUGCCUUAGAAAAUUGUAGUGUUUUAUUGAUGCCAAACUUCUUCCUGAAACAAAUGCCUAUAUUUUAAUAUUUUUCUAGUGAAACUAUAUGACCAAAUCAUGAAAUACCAUUAUCUCUGAAGAAUUAAAACUUAAAGGGCACUAGAGAGAUACAUGGUGGUCAUCAGACUGAUAUAUAUUACUAACCAAGAAUUCUAUAUGACAAACUACAAAGUCAUAGAAAUGUAUGACUGGGGGGGGGAGGGGGAAGUGGGCCAAAUGUGAAUGAAGGACACUAAUAGAUAGCCUGUGUGCGUCAUUGCUAUCUACAUCAUUUCAAGAAAUCUAGAAAAAGCCCCUACCAUUCCCUAUAAAGAAUUUAUAGGACAUAGCCAAGAGUUAAAAUGGGGUGAGAAGACAUAGAGUGUAGUCCUUAUUAUUGGUAUCAUUUCAUAUGACAAUAAAAAGUGAUGGAAGUGAAGUCAGCAUCCCAAGAACAGAGCAUUCAUUAAUGAAAUGGGCAAGAGGCCAACAACUAGAUGGAAAAUGGAACAAAUAUGCCAAAAUUUCCAUAAUCUAUUUCAUAAUUGGUGACGGGAAUCAUCAUAGGCCUUCAUGUCUCAGACUGAUGUUUGGAAGACAGAGUUGAGAAGAACAAAGUUAGUUUCGAUGAAAAUAUUCAAAGAAUUUAUAUUACUGGUAAUGCAAGCACUGAAGGAUUGUAAGAUAUCCUAGGUAAGGGAAUAUGCCAAAAGAAUGAACAUUAUUAUCCACAAAGGUGAUCAAGAGACCAUUAAUAACUAGCAAGCCAUAUGAAUAUUUUCUCAUAUUUAUAUAGUUGUUAGUUUCUCUAAGGCAGACAACAUCUUUCUACUGAAUGAAAGGUGCAGAGAAUAUGAGAUCCCAUCCUGUAAUUUUUUUUAUUAUAAAAAAGCAUUUGAUGUGAUAGGUCAAUAAAGGGACUCAUGCAUAUGUUAAAAUCAUGCAAAACCCUUAAUAAAUGCAACUACAAAGUAACAAUUCAAUAACUGACUUACUAAGAUCAAGAGAUAAACUGGGGAGAUGUAUGCUUGGUAAAGGUAUUUGCCACUGCAUGGAAGGUGUACUGUUCAAGUUCCAAAUACAAGAGUGAUUUUCCCUUUGGUUAGUGAGAUAUUCUUUGCCAAUAAAAUUGUGAUUAUGGAGCUCCAGAUCAUUACCUCAUGAAUGACAACACCCAGGAUUUCUCAAAGGAGAUAAUCAAAAAUCCAAAUAGAAACAACUUAAAUGGCUCAAAAUUCUCAUUGUCUUGACUAUAACAUAUAGUUAGGGGUGACUAGACCAUUGAUUUGGGGGGGAGGGAUUGGUAUCUGAGACAUGGAUUGUGCAUGGUUCAAAAUUCAAUGGGAAUGCAAGGGCAGCAUAUUGGGCAGGAAGAAGAGAGCAGGGUGGCUUACUUUUGAGAAGUUUUGCAGUUCUUUUAAUGAUUCCAAACUAUUCCAUGGUGAAAAAAAACCCCAACAACAUUCUCUUACAUAAACAUUUCCCCCAUGACACAAUAUCAAUGUUAAUCAAUCAUGGAAUGUCAAAAUGUUAAAAGGAUCAAAGUUGCAGAUGACCCCAAAGACACUGGAUAAAAUGUGAUUUAUGUGCAAGACAUGGCUUAAGGGAUAUCAUUGAGAAAAUAUAUAAUUGUAUAAGGAGAUGGGCUCCUCAGAGGUUGAGAUCAAGGGUGGUACCCAGAAAAUUUUAAAAGAUUAAAAAAAAGACAAAAGGACCAAGUAGAUCAAAUGGAGCCUUUGUGGAGGACGUAUGGGAGAAAGCAGACUAACUGCACAGAUGAGAAGGCAUGAAUAGGUCAUGGUUCGGAUCAGUAGUUCUUGGAGGCAGGAAUCCUAGAUUCUUUUUCACAUCUACUAUAACCCAGAAGUAGACCAUUUUUCUGUCUCUAUUGCUCUAUUUGUAGGAAUAGAUUAUGUGAAAAUUGAGCUUCUUGGAAGCCCUUUAAGGUGUACUAAAAAGCUUAAAGUACCAAGGACUUAAUUUAAUAGUGUUAAAAGUUUAUUUUGAAGAAAAUGUUGAUCUUGUUUUCAGUGUUAAAGUCUAGUGCCCUCUUGUACUCUUUUUUUUUUAAUUAAAUAAAACCCUUUCUGUCUUAAUAACAACUCUUAAGACAGAAGGAUAUGGGCUACAUAAAGAGAGGUAAGUGACUUGCCCCGGGUCACACAGCUAGAGUGCCUGAGGCCAGAUUUAAACCCAGGUCCUCCCAACUCUAGGCUUGGCACUCUAUCUACUGAGCCACCUAGCUGCCCCUUCCUAAACUCCUUGUUUUUUAAUUCCUUACCUCCUGUCUUAGAAUAGAUACUGAGUAUUGGUUCUCAGGUAAGAGCUAGGCAACUGGGGUUAAGUGACUUGCCCAGGGUCACAUAGCUAGAUUUGAACCCAGCACCUCUUGUCUCCAAGCCUGGUACUCUAUCCAGUGAGCCACCUAACUGCCCCCUUGUAUACUUUUUUUUUUUUAACCCUUACCUUCCAUCUUGGAAUCACUACUGUGUACUGGCUCCAAGGCAGAAGAGUGGUAAGGUCUAGGCAAUGGGGGUUAAGUGAUUGGGUUAAGGGAUUUGCCCAGGGUCACACAGCUGGGAAGUGUCUGAGGCCAGAUUUGAACCUAGGACCUCCUGUCUCUAGGCCUGGCUCUCAAUCCACUGAGCUUCCCAACUGCCCCUUCCUCCUAUACUUUUAAUAGCUGGAGUUCUCUGCAUCUACCCUGCCCUAGUAGUCAGUUCUCUUUGGAUUCAUUUGUCCCUUUUUAGUAUAUGUGAAAAAAAAACAUGACCAACUCUUGAUGUCUCCUUGCAAGAAAGUUCCUCCCACAUUCCCUUGUUGUUUUCCCACAAUCCAGUGGCUCUUUCCAAGAGCUUGAUGUAAAAGCACGGUUGCUCCUUUAGUGGCAUAUUCCACUCUGCCAACUACAUGGAUACCCCAGAGAAGGUGUACCCAGUGGGUUACCAGGCUCUAGAGUAUUCACUUCUUUUGGUCACAGUAGACGUGGGUGGUUAUUCAGAAAGGAAACACUUAUCAGCCCAGCUCUGGACCAUCUAUACUCCUGAGAGAUAGUGGUCUCUUCUCUGCUGCCUCUCUGGUUUCGUGGGCAUUGACAGUAGGAAAACCCCCACGCACGAAGCUAGCUGUUCUAAUUGCUCAUGUGUGUGGGAAGCAUAGGUCACAUUUCACUGAUUAGCAUCAUAAUGUUGUUGAGUCAGUACUCCAUGGUGCACGAUCUUAUUCUGGAAUGAGAAGAGAAGCACUCUUGCAGUGACUUAAGCUUUAGCUCUGGGAGGGCUUUAUGAUUCCAAGCAAAAUCAUCCAAAAAGACCCUCCUGUCCUUUGCCAACUGCACGAUGAACAGAGCCCCUAUAAAAUGUAGAUUUUUAAAAUGACAAUUAACUUAUACCCCAAAGAAAUAUUUAAGAAUGAGCAAAAGAAAUCAGAAUAAGGAUAAGAAUUUUGCUAAAACUGGUAUGUGCUGUCCUCUUGGCGCACUUGGGCUUGACUUCCUACGAGGCAUUUUCUCAAGGAAGAAUUCUGAUUUCUCAGUAUCAGUGGGGUAGCAUACAUCUAUGCUUCUUAUUCUUAGAAACUUUGUUGUUUUGCUAACAAGAUCAAACGAACCCUUAGUUUGAACAAAAUGGAGGCUGGUUUUACCACGUCAUUAUGGGGGCUGAAGCCCUUUCUAAUAUGAGAAGGGAGUCACUCCCCCCUUUCCUACUUUUCUGAGGUUCAGAAACUACAAUCACACUUUAGUCUUCUUACAAGCCUGUAGAUUGGCGACUAUAACUCUCAGGUUGGGUUCCAGAAGACAAAAGGAGCACUUAGCGUUGAAGAUCUCUUCUUUCACAGACACAUCUAGCCAGGUGGUAGAAUAGAAAGUAUUCUGGAUUGUAGAUGAUGACUUCAAGGUCUGCUAUGUAAGCCAAUCACCUUUUAACUUAACCUUUUCCUUUUCUGCUUUGCUCUUUAGCCAUGAGAAAGGUGUGAGUGUAUAUACCUCAUAGCAUUUCUCCUCUAACCAUUCCAUAGCCCAGGCCUGGCAGUCUAGGGAUGAUAUGAAUAAGGAAGCUGUUGUCCUCAGGCAACAAAACAGUGCUCCAUCUCUUGUCCCUCUCCUCACCAGAUAUGGGUAGCUGUUGGUGUCAUGGAUCAAGGCCUCUCCAUCAAUGCAUUUAAUCCUGCUGUAAUAUGAUUGAGGAUGUAUCAAAGGUGAGCUGUAAGUGCCUUCCCCAUCUCUAGUGGGCAGUGACCUCUUAGAAACUUGCAAAACCCUUUGUUUAUGAUGUCUCAAACUUUUCCCCUUUUAUACAUACCAAGAACAUUCCCUAAGAAGCAUCCCGACACCAAAACCCAAGCCAAUAAAUAGCCGUCAUUUGAUCCACUAAAUAAAUCUAUUCUAGCCCCUUCCUUCCCUAGUUUCCUCUUCUUGGCAAGGUUUCCAGGGGAGGAAGAAUUUGCAUUUUGUAGGUGAAUUCUGGGAAACAGCUAGAAUUUAAUGUUGUUUCUUACUAGAAGCAUUUUAACCUAUUUCCUACACAUGACUAGAAUGAAAUCUUGGCCUGAGAGGCAGGGUUGUCCUUCAUACCUAUUGUGCUGAUCCAUUUUUCCCUCUUAGAAGCAAACAAACAACUUGGGAAGGACUCUGUGGCAUUUUGCUGCUUCCUAAGUCUGGCUGAGAAAAAACGGAGCUAGGUCUCUCUGACAACCCCCAUAUAGGUUCAGCAAAUAUUGCCUUAUCUAAUGGGAUGUGAUAGACUUGAGUUCCUAUUCUACACCAGUAAAUCAAGUGAUUGGAUAGAAGAUGGUGAGGGGAACUCUGUGUAUUCCCUUUGGAUCCCCCCACCCCAAAUACCUGCUUCUUUACCCCUGAUCCUCUGGACAGAAGAAUUCAGCAAAAGGUGUUUUUUUAAGACCUGCUGGCCUAAAGCAAUUGAACAGGUUUUAUGCUCUCCAUUUUCCCAAGUAGGUCCCUCUGAACAGGCAAAAGCUAGGUCCAAUCUAGUCGCCACCACAGCAUUCAUCCCCUGUUCAUGAAAAGAGUUUUGGGGUUAGAGCGAGGUAGCUAGGUAGCAUAAUGGGUAGAGUACCAGGCCUGGAGUGAGGAGGAUCUGGGUUAAAAUCUGAUCAUUGACACCUUCUAACUAUGUGACCCUGAACAAGUCACUUAACCCCAAUUGACUAGCCCCUGGUCUUCUGUCCUAGAAUUGAUACUAAUUGGGUGGCCUUAAACAAGUUGUUUCCCUUCUCUUGAUCUCAAUUAUCUCAUUUUUUAAAGUGAAACCCUCAUGUAAUUGGUAGGAUGAGUUGGGAUUAGGAUAAUAGCAAUUGUGCAUCCUGCAUACAUAAAGCACUUUUCUGGUUUUAUAUCCAUUAUCUCAUUCAUUUCCCCUUGCUGAGAUUGUUUCUCCAUUUCCAAAAUGAAAGAGUUGGGCUAAACAAUCUCUUAAGUCUCUGCCAGUUGUAUUUUUUGGAUUCUCCGACAAGAUGAUCUCUAAGGUUCUUCCUAGUUCUCAAAAUUAUAUGACUGUGACACUAUGAACCUAUAUAAGCCCUGUAAAAUGGGGGUUUAACCCACAGGUUAUCUCCAUUUUAUAGAUGAGAAAAUUGGAGAAAUUAGAUGAACCUUCUCAGAUUUCCCAGUUAGUUAGCUAGUUACCGGCAAGACUGGGAUAAGAAUCCGGGUCUCCUUACUCUGCAUACUGUGAUUAUUACAUACCAUUUCCAAAAGAGGAUCAUAGGCCAUAAGCCUAUCAUAAGCCAGAUUCCUAAAACCUCAAAUAGCUUUGGGCUCCUCUCCCAAGCCAUUUAUGAAUGGAACCCAAGUGCUUGGAAAUUCCUUCCCAGAGAGCACUGGCAAUAUUAUUUUUUUUAUUUUAAAAAUAUUUUUCCUUGUUUCCAUGAUUCACUUUCUUUCCCUCCUCUCUUCCUGCUCCCCUCCCAGAGCUGACAAGCAAUUCCAAUGGGUACUACAAAUGUUAUCACUUGAUCUUUUAAAGCCCAAACCCCAAAUUCUAUGCCCAUAUAAACAAGUGAUGUCAUAUGCUUUUCUUCUGUGUUUCCGCUCCCACAGUUCUUUCUCAUAAGUCCCUCAGGAUUGUCCUGGAUCAUUGCAUUGCUGCUGGUAGAGAAGUCUGUUAGAUUUGAUUGUGCCACAAUGUUUCAGUUACUGAGUACAAUGUUCUCCUGGUUCAAACUUUGGCAAUAUUAGCACCACUUUCAAGUUUCUUUUGGUUAAUGCUUUUUCUAAAAGGCUUUAUUUCCCUAGGGAGAUUUAAAUGGAUAGCUCCCACUGACCUGGGUUCUUCUCUCCCUCUCCUGCCCUUGGCUUUUGCCUCCCCAACAACAUUACAAUCUGGGUUCAUCUGGCUAUUUUAAGCCAAGCUGAAGGUUCUGCUAAUCCAGAUGGCAUCAGUGCAGUCAUCCCAUACACCCUCCUGGACAUUUCAGCUACUUACAUGGCUAUCAGGCUUUUCUUGCCAGCCGAGGUGAGGACCUAUCUCCCCAAGGCUUUAACAGCAGAAGAGUGUGAAGGCCAAGAAAGAAUAAAGGCUGAGAUUGUGAGAUUUGGAAGCUGACAGUCUCUGAGGCACAGUAGAUGAGAUGGGAGCAGGACUAGCAUCAGGCUGCUUUCCUUCUUCCUCUGGGGUGAAGAUCUUUUUUUGCUGUUGUUUUUAAACCCUUACCUUCCAUCUUAGAAUCUAUACUGCGCAUUGGUUCUGAGACAGAAGAAUGGUAAGGGCUGGACAACGGGGGUUAAGUGACUUGUCCAAGGUCACCUAGCUAGGAGGUAGCUAAGGUCAGAUUUGAAUCUGAAUCCAGAACUUCCCCCAUCUUUAGAUCUGGCUGGCUAUCCACUGAGCCACCUAACUGCUCCUAGGGUAAAGAUUUUUUUUUUUAAAUUUCCAUACUGUCCAUUUUUGUAAGUGAUCAAUCUUAUAAAACCAAAACCUCCAAACACCAACACAAAUAAACAACUGAAAAAUCA